AUGAUCUUGUUUUCUAUUCUGUUUCUUAGAAUUUUAUUGAGUAUACCAGAAUCAAACGGAGCAAAAAGUCAAUCGGCGUUUGACAAUGCGAUAAUUGGUCAACCAUCUAUUUCUUGUCAACGUGACCGAAUUGUUAUUGAAGUGAUCACUGAACGUUUAUUCACUGGAAAAGUGUUCGUCAAAGGAGAUUAUGCGAAUCCACAAUGCACAAAAACGUUUCGAAAUGGAGUGGUGACAAGUGAAAAAGUCUCGAAUGAUGAGAAACCAUUUCUCGGAACAGUCAAAAAGUCAAGAGAACCUUAUGUCGAGAAUCAGAGAACAACUUCUGAAACUGAUUUAGAUAUUUUCGAUCCUUGUCCAAACCCUUCGAAUCCAAACUGCAAAUCGAAUUCAGAGAAACUGGAAACUCAUGAAAACGAUCUAAACACUCCACCCGAUAUCGCGAGUUUCGUUCUUCCACCAAAGAAUGAAACUUCAUUCAAAUCCACGUCAGAAGAGGAAGACGAAUGGCACGGAGUUGGAGGAGUUUCGACUGAAGGAAAUGGAGUUUUCGGAGGGACUCGAGGAGAAGAAUUGAGAGUUUUCGGAAAACAAGGAGGUGGAGGAAAUUCUGCGACAACUAGGAGUAGACCUGGACCGACUGCGUCACCUGUAUCAUCUGACUGCCCUCCUCCAACAACGUGCGAACCGUGUUCUUGUGAAGAAAGAAGAUCCCGAAGAGCAACGAAUUCGAUUCGUUUAGAAGUUCCACUCAAUUCUUGUAAUACGAAGCGUGAUCGAAAGCUGAAUCCUCCAUCAGUUGUUGUCUCGUUGAUUGCCGUUGUUUCAUUUCAUGAUAGUUUUAUCACAAAAUUGGAUAAAGCAUAUCAUAUCCAGUGUGCAUAUGCUGAAGCUGAGAAGACAGUUAGCACUGAUUUGGAUGUAAAUAUGAAUGACGAGCAGGAAAUCAACGGAACAAUGGAACCACCAUCUUGUGAUUACUUGAUAUCUGAUAGUAAUGGUAACUCAGUACAAAAUAGUCUUGUGGGUGAACUGGUGAGGCAUCAAUGGAGUUGUAAAGGAGGAAUUGCAUCAAAACUGAAAAUGUUGGUGCAUCAAUGUUUCGUAAAAGACGGAGCAGGUCAACAGUUCGAAGUGAUUGAUGAACAUGGAUGCACUCUUGAUCGCAUUAUGCUUCAAACUCCAACUUAUUCAAAAGAUGGAAUGACUGCUCAAGUGGAUGCAUAUAUAUUCAAGUUCCCUGAUCGAUCCACUGUGGAUUUCAGAUGUACAAUCACAUUCUGUUCAGUGGAUGAUGCUGAAUGUCAGAUUAUGACACCUCCAAAAUGCGAUAUAAAUAAUAAUUUACUCCGAAGAAAGAGGUCAACACAUGGAUUGUCUUCAAUGUCUCUUCAUGCCAACAGUCUCACCGUAUUUGAUAUAGAUUCUUCUAAAUCUGAUACGAAUCAACUACUUCCAACACCUUCAUUUUUACGAAAAACACUGAAAGAAUAUGAGAGCACUUUCUGUGUUUCAGUUGCCAGUUUUGGUAUCUUGAUAUCUGCUUCGACGUUCUUUGCAACUAUUUCUCUUGGUGUUAUUUUCAGUUACAUCUUUCUCCGUUUUAAUCAUAAAUUAACUAUUGAUGACUGA